GUCAAACUCAUUGAGACGAGAACGGACGGGAUCUAAAGAACUAAAGCGAAUUCAAAAGAAUUACAAAAACGAAAAAAGUGGUGGUGGUGCUAUUUUGAACAACUGGCUGAACAGUACACCCAACUAAAAUACAAAUUUUUUAGCUAAAAACAAAACAAAUUUAUCAAUACUGACAACCAAUAUAAAAACGUCAUGUAAUUUUUGUGUUUUACUCAACAACAACAACUACAAGAGCUACAAUUUAAUUAUUUACAAUAUUUAAAAGUGGAAUUACAACAAAUUCAACUAAAAUAAAAUCACUUUAGACUUUUUUAAGGACCAUUUAUACAAACAGAUAUUCAAAAUAACAAAAUAUCACAGUUAUCCUGCCCUUAAUUAUAUGAAUUAUGACAGCUGAAGUAAUGGCGUCAAAUGACACAACUUUUGAUCCGGCACUCUCAAAACUUAUAACAUCUCUCAAGGACACUGAAAGUCUUUCAAAUGAUCAAGAAAUUGAUUUUCUAAAAGCACUGCUUGAAUCCAAAGAACUGAAUGCCCUGGUCAAUGUUCAUAGUAAAGUGGCUAAAGUGGGGAGAGAUGAUCGUCUGGCACCCAUACUAUCGACAUCAGCAAUGAUUUUGUAUGAGGUAUUGGAAGAGUUGUCACAACGUUGCCACUUGAGUGAUGAAUGCCGUGAGGCAUUUCAUUUGCUGCAGAAACCGCAUUUACAAAGUCUUCUUUAUGCUCACGAUUGUAUUGCACAAAAAGAUUUCUAUCCACAUCUACCAGAAUUGCCAAUCGAAAUGGAUGAGGAUGAGGAAACUAUAAAAAUUGUGCAACUAGUUAAAAGCAACGAGCCCUUGGGAGCCACCAUAAAAACGGACGAGGAGACGGGUAAAAUAAUCAUAGCCCGUAUUAUGCAUGGUGGAGCAGCCGAUCGUUCGGGACUUAUACAUGUGGGCGAUGAGGUGAUUGAAGUCAAUGGUAUUAAUGUUGAGGGUAAAACACCUGGUGAUGUUUUAAGUAUAUUGCAAAAUUCAGAGGGUACCAUAACAUUUAAAUUGGUGCCAUCCGAUGGCAAGGGUGCUCAACGUGAGUCUAAAGUACGGGUACGUGCUCAUUUCAAUUACAAUCCGGAAGUGGAUCCUUAUAUUCCUUGUAAAGAAGCGGGCUUAGCAUUUCAACGUGGUGAUAUUUUACAUAUUGUAUCACAGGAUGAUGCUUAUUGGUGGCAAGCUCGCAAAGAAUCAGAGCGUACUGCUCGUGCGGGUCUUAUACCAAGUCGUGCCUUGCAAGAAAGACGUAUUCUACACGAGAGAACGCAACGUGAUGUUAGUGAUGGAGAGUCUAAAAAAGGAUCAUGUACCUCAAUAUGUAACACCCCGCCCGGUUCGCCAAUGCUACGCUCUAGUAGUAGUACAUCAUCAUGUCGUCAACCAAAAACUAAAAAAAUCAUGUACGAUUUAACAGAGAAUGACGAUUUCGAUCGUGAAAUGAUUGCCACCUAUGAAGAAGUUGCCAAAUUGUAUCCACGUCCUGGCAUUUAUAGACCAGUGGUUCUUAUUGGAGCCCCCGGUGUCGGACGCAAUGAGCUGAGAAGACGUUUAAUAGCCAGGGAUCCAGAGAAAUAUCGCAGUCCUGUGCCAUACACCACUCGCCCCAUGCGCACCGGUGAGGUUGCGGGCCGUGAAUAUAUCUUUGUUAGCCGUGAGAAAAUGGAUGCCGAUAUUGAGGCUGGCAAAUUUAUUGAGCAUGGUGAAUACAAAGGCCAUUUGUAUGGCACUUCAGCGGAGAGUGUCAAAUCGAUUGUUAAUGCUGGUUGUGUUUGCCUAUUGAGUCCUCACUAUCAGGCGAUUAAAGCUUUGAGAACUGUUCAACUGAAACCGUUUCUCAUUCAUAUUAAACCACCGGAAUUUGAUGAACUUAAAAAGACUCGUACUGAUUCAAGAGCUAAAUCGACAUUUGAUGAAUCAAAUGCCCGAGGUUUUACGGAUGAUGAAUUCAAUGACAUGCUUAAAUCUGCGGAACGUAUUGACUUCCUUUAUGGCCACUUUUUCGAUGAUGAAAUACUCAAUGCUGAUUUAGUAGCAGCAUUUGAAAAACUCGUCAACACUGUACAAAGACUUGAGAAUGAGCCAUUAUGGGCUCCAUCAUCGUGGGUCCAAUAAAUCAGUUUUUCUUUUUUUUUUUUUUUGAAAUGGCAAAAUAGAAAAGGCAGCUAAAAUCUGUGGGUAGCUUGGUAGAAAUGAAAUGAAGGAAUAUAUAAUGGAAAACUGACAACAACAACAAAAAUACACAAAAGACAAAACACUGCUACAAAAAAAUGCCAAAUAAACAAAAAUAUUAAAACUAAAAUUAUGAAAAUGAAAACAAAUUUCAAAACCAAAAACUAAAAAAGAAAAUCAUACCAGAAAAACACCAAAUUCACUUAUUUAGAAGAAACCAAAUGAAACAUUAAACAAUUAUCUAUUUUUAAGUAGAAAACCAGACUCAUAAGAUGCAUACAAAAUAUAUUCAGUUCAAUACUUAAGAAUUAUGAAUAAAACAAAACAAAAAAAUUCACUCGUUAUUUAAUGAAAAUUGUUAUUGAAUUCCUGCUCUUUAUUGAAAAUAAAUUACAUUCAAACAAACAAACACACACACAUAAUUAUAAAUAAAUACAUUUAAACAUGCAUAUAAACAUUUUCAAAAUAAGUAUUAAUUAAAAGAUUAAUUGACUCAAUUUAACAACAACUGUUAAAAUUUCAAAACCAAAAUAGAAAAUAACCGUUGCCAACUCUUUUUUUUAAUAUACAGACAAUUACUAUUAAAGUGACAUAUUUUUUUUUAAAUUCAAUAAUUUUAAACAAAUUUUUGAAUGUACCUUGCUAAAUGUUUAAUUAAAUUAAAAAAAUAAUAAUAAUAAAAAUAAAACCAACAAUAAGCAACAAAAUGAAAUUGUAUAAAUAAACAAAUUUAAAAUACAGAUAAACAAUGAAAACAAUACAAUAAUAAAAAACAAAACCUGUAAUUAAUACAUAAAUUGUUAAAAUGAAUGGAGAGAAAAUAAUAUUGAUCUAUUUUACUACUUAUUGACAAAAUUAAGAAAAUUUAAUGAAAAAUGUCCAUUAUUGAAAUGAAAAUUUAACUUUACAUUAUGAUGACUAUUUAUUUAUGUACAUGUAUCUUAAAGAAACAAUAAAUAAAUAAAAUGAUAAAAUUGAAAUCCAAAGCAAAAAAACAAAACAAAUCCAUAAUUAAAGAAUUUAUUAAAAAUGUUUAAUGUUGAAAAUAAGAAACCAAAGAAAAAAUAUUGUGUGUAAUUGUUAUUUAUCAUGAACAAAAAAAAAUUAAUUAAACCAACAACAAAACAAAUAAUAAGAAAUGUAUAAAUUUCAAAUAAAAUAAAAUUAUUAUGAAAAACAAA